AUGACUCCUCGUGAGGAAUUAAAAGAAGCAUGGGAAGUGCUGAUCGUUCUGACACUGUUCCUUUUACAAACAGUUAGAACGUUAACUGUAGAAGACAAAGUUUCGGGAAUCGAGCCUGAAUCUUCUGAGAAUAUCGAAACAAGUUCAUCCGACUCUAAAAAACAAACCUAUGGUCGUCUGACUCAAGGGUCUCAAAUAAAACCAAAUUAUGGAGGGGUUGGACAAGUGCGGUCCUACUUUGUUUUAGGACAACAAUCAAAUGGAUAUGGUGAAGGAUUGAAGUCCAAACCUCUAGCCCCGGGUAGAAUCUCAACUCCAGUUCAGACUCCAAGACGUCCAUUAGCUCCAAGUAGAUACUUACCUGCUCCACCUCCACCCAGCUACUCCUCUGCUCCACCUCCACCCAGAUACUCUUAUGCACCAGCCUCACCUAGCUAUUCAUCUGCUCCUACUCGACCUGGUUACUUACCUGCUCCAGUUAAGCCUGAUUUUCCAUCUGCUCCUACUCGGCCUGGUUACUUACCUGCUCCAAUUAAGCCUGAUUUUCCAUCUGCUCCUACUCGACCUGGUUACUUACGUGCUCCAGUUAAGCCUGGUUUUCCAUCUGCUCCUGUUCAACCCGAUUACUCCUCUGCUCCAGUCCCAUCUGGCUCCUUGAAUCCUCCAUCUCCUCCUAGCUACUCAACUUCUACAGUCCCAGCUGGCUACCUUCCUCGUGGUCAGGGACAUCGAACCGUAGUGUUGGUGCCAGUGCAGUCAUCCAGACCUUACAGGGGUCAACAAGAUUUUGGACCCUCUUAUCUUUCCCAACUUCCUCGCCCUACGGUACAGCUUCCAGGAUACGGAGCACCAGAACCUCAAUCUUUGUCUAAGUCAGGGUAUAGGCCUCCACGGACUUUCUCCCAGCCAUUACUUUCAUAUUCUGGACUUACUGGUUCGAAUGGGGCAAAUGUCAACUUAUAUAGUGGACCUUCUGAACCGACUCAAAGUGGAAAGUCACAAUUUCCUGCUCUCACUGUUCUGCUGGCUGGUCUCAUCAGGGGAGGGGAUGUGGAAGAACCAGGAGCUCCAGUUCCUAAACCACCAUCACCUGGAUUUUUUAGGUUCUAUUUUGCCCAACCAAAGUUUAAACAUGGAUAUGGAUACGGAAAACAACCGGAAGGGUUCCAGAGUAGGUUAAACAUAGGACCUGACGGCAGACCCAAAAAUUUAAACUUUGGACAACCAGUGCAAGGAGGCCAGAGACCUGAUGGUCAGCUUCCAUAUGGUGAUGCAGAGGGAGGACUUCAACAGGAUUUACAAAAGCAACUACAAAGGAAUGCCCCUUACCUAGGGCCAGGUCCCAAUGUUGGCAGUGGUCAGCCUCCAAGAGGUCCCCCUGGUGGUGGAAGGCCAGAUCUGGAAUCUCUGUAUGGUGGAGGACAGCAACAAGGCGGCCCACUUCAAAGGCCUCCGGCCUCAUUCCCAAAGCAGGCUUCACCAUACUCAUCCGCUAUUCAAGGAUUACGAGGAGUAUCACUGGGUGCCAUUGCCGGUGAGGGUGGACCACAAGGUCGUGGUCCAGGAGCACAAUUUUCGCCGGCAGGCAUAUCGCUGGCAGCUUUGAAAGGCGGCGUCGAGGGCUUUGAAGGAAAAAUCAGAUCAGCAGCUGCAAAUGAAGGUGGUAAUGGACAACAAAGAAGUUAUGGACCACCUCCAAGAGGAUUUCCACCAGUAGCUGGACCUCCAUCAAACUAUUUCGGAGCACAAAGUUCUCAAAAUGGCGUGAAAAAUAGAGGUGCUGCCAAUCUUCCUAUAGGAGUAGCUGGUGUGUACAGAAAAUAA